AUGGCGCAAUUCGAUAUCUUCCUACGUCAAAAAUUAUGAAUCAAACUUUUAAAAUUAUCUAUGAAAGUACAGUAAUGUAAAAAGUAUAAAAGUUAAUGUUUUGUAAUGAGUUUUAUAUUAAAUAUUCAAUUAUGAAAUGAAUUUGAUACAAAUCUCUAGUAUGUCGGUUCCUUUUUGUGGUUAUACGUCCUAAUAUUAGAUUUUUAGUAUACGAAGAUGCUUUUUCUCCUACUCUGCAGUUUAUCAAAUGUGUUAAUACUAAUUAUAUAAUUAUAUUUCUAAGAACUUAAGAUAAUUUAUCUUGACGUUAAUCGAUGCUUCCUAAAGAAAGCGUAAUGAAAAAGUUCUAUACUAUUUAAAUUUCAGAAACACAACAAUGGAACAUUCUAGAAUAUUUUCAAAUAAUAUAUCUUCUACUAUAGAUGAAAUUAGGCCUCUUAUAGAAAAUCAACCAGGCAUUUCAUUAAGCACAUUAUUGAACAUUCAAAGAGUUCAAACUCCUACAGAGCCAGUACCUCUUUCAUCUGAUAAUUAUAUCAUUGAUGUUGAAGAUCAAUCAAUGAAUGAUGUUUCAGUUCAUGAUAAUCAUCAUCAUCAUCAAACAACUGCAACAGACAAUUUUUUAAAUAAUAUCCGUGAGGCUGCUAAUGAAGUUGUGGGUGAAAGCCAAAAUAAUAAUAGUAAUAAUGUUAUUAAUCAUAAUAACAAUAAUAAUAAUAAUGAUAUAGAAGACACUACAGCAGAGGCAGUGCGAAUUAAUUCACAAACACGUGCAUUCUUUAAAGGACUUAAAAGAUAUAUUCCUUUUGUUCUUAUUCUUUUUGCCAAAGGCCUGUAUGAUCACAGAGCCAAUAUAUUAAACUUUAUAGUAUUAGUUGUUGUAUUUAAUUAUACUAAUAACGUUGUAAAACGUGAAAUUGCAAAACAAAACAAUAAAAGUUGGCUAUCACUCUUAGUUAUUACGUGUUAUAUUAUUGGAUGUAUAGUUUUUAUUCAUUUUGAAUAUGAUACAUAUCUAUUUUCUUCAUAUACACAAUCUCUUAGCAUUUGGGAAUUACUGUGGUCAGUUUUAAUAAAAGAUCUUGUUUUGAAAUUGAUUACCAUUAUUUUUAAAGUUUUUUUAACAUGUUUGCCUUCAAAACUUUUGGCUCUUCGAAAAAGGGGAAAAUAUUUUGUUAUGGUGGAGGCAUCAUCUCAACUUUCCCGGUGUGUUGCACCUAUUCAACCAUGGUUAUAUUAUUUUUUUGAAAGUUAUCAAGGUUCAGAAAAGAUCUUUGGAGUAUUACUUUCUUUAUUGUAUAUAGUAAGCAAAGGAACUGAUUUAUUUUCGUGUAUAAAAUUAUUUCAAACUGCUAUUUGGAAGCUAUUUCAAAAUGUGAAUUUAGGAGUAUCGCCAUCGAAAGAACAAUUAAUAGCAUCCGGUGGAAUUUGUGCAAUUUGUCACGAUCAAUAUUCAAUGCCCGUGAGAUUGCAAUGUAAGCAUAUUUUUUGUGAAACAUGUGUUUUAACUUGGUUAAAUCAAGAAUAUUCGUGCCCAUUAUGCCGAGCAAUAAUCGCAGAUGAUCUUUUGUAUCGAGAUGGUCAUACAAGCCUUCUUGUUCAGCUGUAUUGACUUUCAUAUAUAGUAUAUGAAAUUGUAUUUUUUCACUACUAAUUGUACUCAAUAAGAAUUUGUAUUAAGCAUUUAAUAUACAUAAAACGAAACUUUUUUAAA